AUGGGGUUAACAUUUUGGAAGGUGUUUCUGAUUCUCAACUGCCUUGCAGGUCAAGUUAAUGGAGUGCAAGUGACCAUCCCAGACAGUUUUGUGAAUGUGACUGUUGGAUCUGAUGUCACUCUCAUCUGUACCUACACCACCACUGUGACCUCACUGAACAAGCUCUCCAUUCAGUGGACAUUCUUCCAUAAGGAGGAGUCACAACCAGUUUCUCACAGACCAUGCCUCAAUAUUGAGAAAAAGGCAGUCAGUCAGUGUUUAAAACUGGUGCAUGCAAGAGAUGCUUGGGGAAGAUGUAGUUGGACUUCUCAGGCAAUUUACUAUUCUGAAGGUGGACAAGCUACAGCCAUAGGAAAAUUUAAAGAUCGCAUUGUAGGGUCCAACACUUCAGGUAACGCAUCCAUCACCAUCUCGCAUAUGCAGCCAGAAGACAGUGGCAUCUACGUCUGUGAUGUCAACAACCCCCCUGACUUUUUCGGCAAAAAUCAAGGCACCAUCAGUGUCAGCGUGUUAGUCAAACCUUCUAAGCCCUUCUGCAGCAUCCAAGGAAUGGCAGAAACUGGCCAUCCUAUAUCUCUUACUUGCCUUUCGGUGCUUGGAACACCUUCCCCUGUGUACUACUGGUAUAAACUUGAAGGAAGAAACAUCGUUCCAGUGAAAGGAAACUUCAACCCAGCCACCGGGAUUUUGUUUAUUGGAAACCUGACCAGUUUUGAACAAGGUUAUUACCAGUGCACCGCUAUUAACAUCCUUGGCAAUAGUUCCUGUGAAAUUGACCUAACUACUUCAUAUCCAGGAACUGGAAUCAUUGUUGGGGCCUUUGUGGGGACCCUGAUAGGUGUUAUCAUUAUCAUCUCUAUGGUGUGGUUCGUGAGGCGUAAGGUAAAGGCGAAGGGGAAGGAAAGGAAGAGGAAUUCUAAAACCACCACAGAACUCGAACCAAUGACAAAGAUAAACCAAAGAACAGAGGGUGAGACAAUGCCACAUGAUGAUGUCAUCCAACUCGAAGCCACCCUUCCGUCUUCCAUCCAUGAGACUGAGCCUGAUACCACCCUGGGGCCAGAUCAUGAGCCUAUCCCCGAGCCUGAGCCUGCCUUGCAGCCUACUGUGGAGCCACCCUCUGGACCUGAGCUUGUCCCCGUGUCUGAGCUCGAGAUCCAACUGGAGCCAGAGCCUGUGCCCCAGCAAGAGCCCCAGCCCUUGAUUGUAGAUGAGCCAUUUUCUGAUGAGGAGAAGGGGGUGAUUAAGCCAUAG